UUUAGAUUGUUUCAAAGCAACGACCCAACUUCCUCUUUACGUCACGCAUAAUGCAUCACUCUGCAAGUUUAGGUCGCGGUUUCCUCUUCGUGGGAAUUCACGUCGCCCUGUGUUUAUAACGCGUAAAUUCACAGGCCUGUAAAAUUCAAUGAACAAAUGUAUUCCCUUACAAAUGUCUCUUAUCUUUUCACUAUUGUUAUCAUUCUCGAUAGGUUUCGUGACACAACUUCCGAGUUCCAUUGACUAACUUUACGAUUUUUCCGAGAUACGAUUGUACGAGAGGAAACACAAUCUCGAAUAUUUAUAAUUCACGAUAUAAUUAUUUACGAAUGUAUAAACUAAUUACACAUAGACUAGGGCUAAUCGUAAAUCAUUUAUAAUUAGACUCGUGGAGAUCGCGAACCAGCGAAAUAAUUGAACGUUCCGAUCAAUAGAUCGAACGUUUCAUUUUAACAUCGGAAAAUCAUUUUCCUGCUUUAUGAAAUUCUGGACAUCUCUAAGAAGAUGUACAUAAUUUUUUGUUUGUUAAGAUGUUCCAGAUAGACCAAGCUCCAAAAAGUUUCUGUUAAAUCGGUUACUCUAUGAAUAUUGUUCACACUCACUCUAUCUAUUGUAUCUGUUUGUAGUCUUAAGAGUUCCUUGCCUCGGAUUUUGGUUUUUUAAAUUUAAUUUCAAAUUUAGUUUAAAAAUACAAUUUGAAUUAUUAGAAUAAAAGUCCAGCGUCUUUGCCAUUUCGGAAUCGUUCUUCGUUUUUUAAGAAAAAUCUAUGUAUACGCGUUACGCGCGAGAGACAAGUCGAACGUAAUUGCGUUAAAAAUCAGUAGAACGUUAGCAAACUAACGAAAGGAAUAAUAGAUCGAACGAAAUGUAUCUGGAAUGUUAUAUAACUGAAAAAUGAUCGAAACAAGACCUUGUCGCAUGUCGACAUUUAUUACUCGCGACGAUCCGAUAUUAAAUGUUGCUGAAUCGUUCUAAUAAUAUUGUUACCUCGAUACUUGUUACAAGCAGCGAUAUUAACCGCAGAGGAGUAUUCGUUUCACGUUGUUGAUCUUCUCGUAUCAACCAGUUAGCUGUUUCUGACGAGUAUGCUCGUCACGACGAAAUGGGAAUAUUGUGUGUCACGACGAGCCCUGUCGGCCUCGGAGGUGGUCAGAAUCGAGUGAACCGCAGGAAACCAGACGAAAUUCCUUUCAAAAUGGAUAACUUGGCCACAUGGUUAUUACGCGCUUCGGAGAAUAACACGGAAAGUACGAUAAUUGAUGGCGAUGUAUCGAGAUUCCCUAAACCGCUGCAGACGUUCGCAGCUGUGGUCGCGAUACUGAUUAUGAUCACUGGACUCGCUGGAAAUUUAUUGACGAUCAUUGCCCUGUGCAAGUAUCCCAAAGUUCGCAACGUAGCUGCAGCCUUCAUUAUAAGCCUCUGCGUAGCAGACUUCGUAUUCUGCCUUCUUGUACUUCCGUUCGAUUCCAUCAGAUUCAUCGAUGCAAGUUGGGUAAAUAUACGGUUUCUCUGCGUUCUCGUGCCUUUCUUGAGGUAUGGAAACGUUGGCGUGAGUCUCCUCUCCGUUGCAGCUAUUACUAUCAACAGAUACAUCAUGAUUGCGCACCACGGAUUAUACAGCAAAGUUUACAAGAAAUAUUGGAUCGCUUUUAUGAUCGUAUUCUGUUGGUUGUUCUCGUAUGGGAUGCAGGUGCCCACCCUCUUAGGAAUUUGGGGUAGAAUCGACUACGAUCCGAAUUUAGAAACCUGCUCCAUCGUAAAGGACAGCAAAGGCUACUCAUCGAAAACUUUUCUUUUCGUGGUGGGUUUCGUGAUACCCUGCGUAAUAAUCGUUGGAUGUUACACUAAGAUAUUCUGGGUCGUACACAGAUCCGAGACAAGAAUGCGAAAGCACGCGUCUCCGACGAUAAAAUCGCCGCAUACACCCGGCAGGGAUACCAGAGAGAUCAAACAGAGACGUAGCGAAUGGCGAAUCACAAAAAUGGUACUAGCCAUUUUCCUCAGUUUCGUCGCUUGUUACCUUCCAAUUACCAUCGUUAAAGUCUUCGACGCCGAAGUUAGAUAUCCAGAAUUUCACGUUUUGGGCUACCUGCUCCUCUACUUUGCCUCCUGCGUGAACCCGAUCAUUUACGUGAUCAUGAACAAGCAAUACAGACAAGCGUACGCUGGCGUGAUAGGAUGUUCGCGGAUAAGGGCGAGUCUGUCACCCUAUGGGAGCAGCGCACCUGGUCAUCAUCAACAGCAGGACUACGGCCAAGGUAACUUCGAGCACCGUCGCGUGGUAACGCUCACCAAGCUCUGACCGAACGCGAGCUAAGCGACCACACUUCGCUCACUUCAUUACUCGAAGGACUUCAGCAAGACGAUGGUGUCGACAGUCUCCAUUGCUAUGAAUCCAGUGAGAAACUCACGUUUCGAGGAAUAAGCUUGAUUCUGCGAUUGAACUGGCCGGAGAAGACGAAACGUAUAAAGAAUAUUAAUCGACCCUUAAGGACAAAAUGUCAGUAUUCAGAGUGUUUCGUAACAGGAAUUUUUAUUAUCCAUUUCGAUGGGAGAUCGAAAAGCAUGGAAACGAUAGAGAAGAUUCAUGGAAACACAUACAGUAGAAACUCGAUUAACUUGCUGAUGGAAAACAGUGAGAAACUAUACUCAGUGCGUAACAUAAGUCUGAAUUUUGAAGAACAAAGAUAAAUAUUUCGAGCAGAUUUUAUACAGACUAGUCGAAUGAUCGAAUGGUUGCUCAUUUUUAUCGAAGAACAAAGCUACAAGUCGAAAGCAAAGUCGAACAGUGCAUACGUUUGUACGAUAUUGUAAUUGCAAUCUUUGUCCAUGACUAAAAUGAAUUUCGCGUCUGAAAUGCUAUGAAACACUUGUAUUUACUACGAUUAAGUAUAUAAGUAAACUAUAGAAGAAGAAAAAAGGAAGAAAAUGAUCGUUGAAGGAGAAGAGAAUGUAAAUAGAGAUCUGCGAACGGUAUACAUAAUUAUUUAGAGGUUCAAGAGAAUAGAAGAAAACUAAAGACACACAGCAGAGCUGUUGUUAGAUUUAUUUAGAUUAGUCAAUAGCAAAACCUGGCCACUAUCGUAUAAUAAAUGAUACGUUAUUUGUCGACCGACAAAUCGUAAAACUUGGCAAGGAAUACCAAGUAUAUUUAAUUUUGUAGCACACUGGAACGAGUGUCGAAUGUUUACCAAAGGUAACACGUGAAUAUGUUUGUACAUAGAAGUUACGUGUUAAUUCUUGUUACCACAAUGUAAAAAUACAAUGAGAAUGUAAUAGCGAAUUUUGAAGACAUUCGUAGCUCGCGAUGUUACGAAUUCGAUUCAUAUUUAUUUAUAAUAUUUCUCUUGGUUGAUUUACGAACGCAAAUAAUGUUAAAGAAUUAUCAGAGUACAAAUUAAAUAAAUCUAUCGAUUUAAA